AUGAAUGUCUCCUGGGUAUCAAAGGCCCACGAGGUCUUUGAAGUGCAGAGUGCGCAGCUAGCUUCCCAGGCGCCUCCUGAGCAGAGCAAGGACAUCACCAGGAGGAGGAUUUCAAUAACCAAGAACUAUCAGCAUGUCUUGGCUUUGGUAUUUGCUGUAAAUGAGAUUAAUGGGGAUCCUCAACUUUUACCAAACAACACACUGGGCUUCCAAAUCCUCAACAGCUACUAUGUUGCAAGGAUGACCUACAAGGCCAUCUUGUCCCUUCUUUCCACCCAAGAGAGAUUUGUCCCCAACUUCAAGUGUGUUACCCAGAAAAAUCUAAUAGCUGUCAUUGGAGGAUUUUUGUCCAGAACAUCUGUCAGUAUGGCCACCAUUUUAUCCAUCUACAAGGCUCCACAGCUUGCUUAUGGGUCAUUUUCAAAAGUGCAUGAAGAGAAAACACUCUUCCAUUUCUUGUACCAGAUGGUCCCAAGUGAAACCCACCAGUACUGGGGGAUUGUCCGAUUACUGCUCUAUUUUACAUGGACUUGGGUUGGGCUUCUGACUGUGGAUGAUGACUAUGGGGACAAGUUUUUGCAGACAAUACUACCAAUCCUAGCCAAGAAUAGCAUUUGCUUUGCAUUCAUGUUAAAAUUACCAAAACCGGCUUACGUGGAAGAGUUUGUAAAUUUGCUUUUAAUGCAGUGGGAAUGGUACCCAGUUCUCAUGGAUGGGAAAGCCAAUGUAUGUUGUGUAUAUGGAGAACCUUCAGUCAUGACCAUAUUGAGAAUACUAUUGUUUCAGGCCCCCAUGUUUUCUUUACCCCCACUAGGAAAAGUGUGGAUUAUUACAUCCCACUGGGACUUCGAAUCAGUCUCUCUUCAAAGGAUCUGGAAUAUAGACUCUUUCCACGGUGCCCUCUCAAUUACAAUUCACUCCAAUCAGCCACCAGGAUUCCAAAAAUUCCUUCAGGUCAUAAGACCUUCCUGGACAAAAGGAGAUGGCUUUAUCCAGAACUUCUGGGAACAAGCCUUCAGCUGUUCACUGAAAACGUUUACUACUCAGGUGGAAUAUAAAAAAGUCUGCACUGGGGAUGAGAAGCUGGAGAGCCUUCCCAGGGUGUUGUUUGAGAUGAGCAUGACUGGCUACAGCUACAAUGUCUACAAUGCUGUCUAUGCAGCAGCUCAUGCUUUGCAUGAAAUGUACAUGUCCAAAUCCAAACUCAGGAUUCCGGAUUUCCAGAAUGGAAAGCCAUGGCAGGCAGUUCUUCCACUUUCUGUGUGCAACAACCACUGCUAUCCUGGCUCCAGCAGGAAAAGGAAGGAGGGAGAGAAAUUUUGCUGCUAUGAUUGUGCUCCAUGUCCAGAAGGAAGUUUCUCUGAUGAGAAGGACAUGGAUACUUGUAUAAAGUGCCCAGAAGAUCUCUAUCCCAGCAAAGACCGAAACCAAUGCCUUCCCAAAAGUGUCACUUUCCUUUCUUAUGAAGAACCAUUAGGAAUCAUCCUAGCUACAAUGGCUAUAUCUUUCUCCCUGAUAACAGCUUUGGUGCUUGGAACCUUUGUGAUGAAUCAGAAUACUCCCAUUGUUAAAGCCAACAACAGAAGACUCACCUACUUUCUCCUCAUCUCACUCUUUCUGUGCUUCCUUUGCUCGUUGCUCUUCAUUGGACAGCCGGGACAGGUGACCUGCCUUUUCAGGCAAAGUACAUUUGGCAUCAUCUUCUGUGUGGCCCUCGCUAGUGUUUUGGCCAAAACUAUUACUGUAGUUUUGGCAUUCAUGGUGAGCAUGCCAGGCUCUGGGAUGAGGAAAUGGGUGGGGAAAAGACUGGCAAAUUCUAUAGUCUUUUCCUGCUCCUUUAUUCAGGUAGGUAUAUGUGCCCUUUGGUUAAGCACCUCUCCUCCAUUCUCAGAUAUGGACAUGCACUCAUUUUCUGAGAAAAUCAUACUGGAAUGCAAUGAGGGUUCUGUUCUCAUGUUUUACUGUGUCCUGGGCUACAUGGGUUUCCUGGCAAUUGUUUGCUUCAUUGUGGCUUUCAUGGCCAGGAAGUUGCCUGACAGUUUCAACGAAACUAAAUUAAUCACUUUCAGCAUGUUGGUCUUCUGCAGUGUUUGGGUGUCCUUUGUUCCAACAUACUUAAGCACCAAAGGGAAAUCCAUGGUGAUUGUGGAGAUCUUCUCCAUCUUAUCCUCCAGUUCUGGUUUACUGGUUUGCAUCUUUUGCCCUAAAUGCUAUAUCCUUUUGUUGAGGCCUGAGAUGAAUAGCACACAAAGAAUAAAAACAAAUAACACACACAAAAAAAGUAAAAAUAAAACAAACACAAUGCAUAGGCUGGACCUACGCACUCGGUCCCAGCUUCUGCAUUACGACAUUUUGGUGCCCCUCAGGGAGGCUCAGAAGAGAUAG